AUGAAUCGCAAUACGAGUGCGCCUUCAUGUACCACCUAUCGUCAAUCCGCGUCCGGAAAUACACGCCCAACUCACAUAACUUACGACGACAAGCCUCGCACCACUCAUGGAAACUACAUCGGAAAACCAUACUAUAACCUCGGAGAAAGAGGCUCGGGUAUCAGAGCACAAGGAACAAUUCAAGAUUUUAACCAGCUGAGGCAGGAAUGUUUAUCGAAUGGAACACUGUUCGAAGACCCCGAGUUCCCGGCACAAGAUGAUUCCAUAUAUUUUUCGAGAAGACCCGACCGCUACAUCGAAUGGAAACGUCCAAUGGAAAUUGCACACGAUCCACAACUAUUCGUUGAGGGGUUUUCACGGUUUGACGUACAACAGGGCGAGCUUGGUGAUUGCUGGCUCAUCGCAGCUGUUGCCAAUCUUACACUACAUCCAAACUUAUUCUUUCAAAUUGUACCCGAAGAUCAAAGCUUCGAAGACAACUAUGCAGGGAUAUUCCAUUUCAGAUUUUGGCAGUACGGAAGAUGGGUAGAUGUAGUCAUAGAUGAUCGCCUGCCGACUAGUCAAGGGAAAUUGAUGUUUUUACAUUCAGCUGAAAAUAACGAGUUUUGGAGUGCACUGCUUGAGAAAGCCUACGCGAAGCUUCAUGGUUCGUAUGAAGCUUUAAAGGGAGGAACGACAUGUGAAGCUAUGGAAGACUUUACCGGAGGAGUAACAGAGCUGUACGAAAUGAAUGAAACACCGCCAAACUUGUUCAAUAUUCUACUCAAAGCUUAUGAAAGAAACUCAUUAAUGGGUUGUUCACUGGAGCCGGAUCCAAACGUAUUAGAAGCUGAAACGCCAGAAGGUUUAAUCAGGGGACAUGCCUAUAGUAUUACACGAGUCAAGUAUGUUGAUAUCAUGACGCCAAAUCAAGUAGGAAAAAUUCCUUUAUUGAGAUUGAGGAACCCAUGGGGUAACGAGGCUGAAUGGAACGGACCUUGGAGUGAUCAAUCACCUGAAUGGAGGUUUAUUCCUGAUCAUGAGAAAGAGGAACUGGGAUUAACGUUCGAUGUAGAUGGUGAAUUUUGGAUGUCUUUACAAGAUUUCAAGCAUCACUUCACACGGCUUGAGAUCUGUAACUUGAAUCCGGACUCUUUAACAGACAGUGAUCUCAGCGCUGGUAAAAAAAAAUGGGAAAUGAGCAUAUUUGAAGGGGAAUGGGUACGCGGAGUAACAGCUGGUGGAUGCCGUAACUUUUUAGAAACCUUUUGGCACAACCCCCAGUAUCGUAUAACAUUAGAAUACCCUGAUGAAGAUGAUGACAAAUGCACGGUUAUCAUAGCAUUGAUGCAAAAAAAUCGUAGGGCACAAAAACAGAUGGGUGCUGAUUGUCUGACAAUUGGCUUUGCCAUGUAUCGUCUGGAAGAUCCCGACAGAUUACCAAAGCCGUUGGAUGUUAAUUUCUUCAAGUACAACGCCUCGGUAGCUCGAUCUCCGUCAUUCAUUAACCUUCGUGAAGUUAGCUGCCGAUUCAAGUUGCCGCCUGGUGUUUACUGCAUUGUUCCCAGUACUUUUGAUCCGCAUGAAGAAGGCGAAUUCUUAUUGAGAGUAUUUUCUGAAAAUCAGAACAACAUGGAGGAAAAUGAUGAACAAAUUGGUAUCGGCGAAGUCGAUGAUAGGGUCAAUAACCAUGGUAAAGAAAGGCCAGAAGGGCAAGAAGAUACAGUAAGAGAUCAGCCUGAGCCUGAUAAAAACGAGGAAAAAGUACGAGAGUUCUUCAGAAAACUUGCCGGUGAUGAUAUGGAAGUCGAUUGGAUGGAACUGAAAGAAAUCUUGGACUUCGCUAUGCGCAAAGAAUUGCAAAACGAAGGUUUCAGUAAAGAUAUAUGCCGUAGUAUGGUUGCCAUGCUGGAUACAGAUCGUUCCGGUAAACUAGGAUUUGAAGAGUUCAAAUCACUUUGGAAUGACAUUAGAAAUUGGAGGGCUGUAUUCAUAUUAUACGAUAGAGAUGGUUCUGAAUACUUGAGCGCGUUCGAGCUUAGACAAGCUUUAAAUAGCGCCGGCUAUCGCAUGAAUAAUCAUAUUUUGAACGUACUUGUACAUCGUUACGGAACGAAGGAUGGAAUGAUCGCAUUCGACGACUACAUCAUGUGCGCUGUACGUCUAAAGACGAUGAUUGAUAUAUUCAGAGAACGCGAUCCAGAUAAGACAAACACUGCUACUUUUACAAUGGAAGAAUGGGCUGAGAAGACAUUGUAUUCGUAAUCAAUAACAAAAAAGAGGCAAACCAAAAGCACAAACUCAGGAACAAAUUAUCGACCAGAUGUUGGUCAACGUGAAACUUUGAAGUACUACAUUUUUCAAAUCCCGGAAGCUAAAUACAAUUGAAGCUCUCAUUUCUUCGAAACUCCAAACUCCUUUUUUCGUACCUGUUAAGCUUUAUUGAUCACCUCUUUCAUUGUAACUAAUAACUCACUAUCCCUAAAUAUUCGUUUGUAAGCUUGUGCGUUUCAGAUUUACUCUAUCAAUUCAUAAAUGUACAGAUAAUUUUUAAAGUACAUGUGUAUCCAUUUGUGUUAAGUCAAUUCAAGUUUUCGAGCUAACUGGGCUUACCAACUUGAUAUUUAGAGUCAGUUUUAUCGAGAGAACAUUAUUAAUAUUUUACUCACAUCUUCACUUUCGGGGCAUAAUCAUUUUUUUCCAAUUCAUCAAUUGGUGCAUGAUAAACCCCUAUGUGUGUAAAGAGAAAACAUCAAAGUUUGUAGAAGUUGGUUCAAUUUGCAGGAGAAACGAUGAUGUCAAACAGAAACAGGUUUAAUUUAUGUCGGCUGUAUACAGGGAUCCUGAUACCUUAAGGAGGUUGAUUGGCAAAAAAUUACGACUUUUUAUUAAUUUCAUCACGACAUAGUCAUACAUUGAGUAAUUAUGAAAUCAUUAUACAAAAUACAAAAAUCCGAAAAUCGUAAUUACUCGAAUUAUGAAAAAAAAGUUAAACACCGAAGCUUUGUUUCUAAUCGCUUUAAAAUGGUUAAAAAUCUAGUAGAUUUGUUCGAAUAUAAUAAUUCAAUAAAUACUCAAUUUGCUAGUAUCUUGUAAUGAAAUUAAUGAAAAGUAUCCAUUUUGGCCAACCCACCUCUUUAAAUAAGACAUAGGCAGCAGGACCAGGAUAGCUAUCUAAAUUAUGAUUAGCGAGUUGGUUUCAUGGUGCAAAGUAUAUAGUUGAUGUUUAUAACUAACUUUUAUAUAU